GUGUACUGUGCAUUCCGCGUAGUAUCAAUACUAUUUUUGGGUUUUCGAGAACUUCGGAUGGCGAAGGGUCUUAUUAAUUGGGGAGAAGUAAAAAAGCAUCAGUCAUUGAAAGACCGUUGGAUUGUUAUUGACAACAAGGUUUAUGACGUGUCAAGUUGGCAGAAUAGACAUCCGGGUGGUCGCAAAGUUAUCGGUCACUACGCCGGUCAAGACGCAACAGGUGCGUUUAUUGCAUUUCACAAAAACCGUCAGUAUGCUGAAAAGUUUUUGAGUGCAUACUACGUCGGAGAUCUGGACCAAGAUUGUCCAGAAGACAAAGAUAUAAAUUCCAAAAUUAAGGAGUACCACGAGGAUCUAGAAGGUGUACGUAAUAUCCUGGUUCAGCAGCCCUUAACACCACUUUAUACAUCAAUAAUUUCUAAAGUGUUAAAUCAUCCAAAUCCUGAAGCUUUGGCGUUAGAUGGUGUGAAUUUGAAAACAAACCCAUGUUCAGCAACCUACAAUUUAAACGCUCGUGUCUUAAACUGAAGUAGCUCUGUCUCUGUAAACAAAGAAAUUAUCAAAUGCAAUUUGUAUAAACUUAAUUGACUUAACCGGGCUUCUUUUCACUACUACUAAAAUUGUAUUUAUACACUGAUAUUUUGCUGAAUUUAGAUUAGCUUUAUUUCUUUUAUGCAUGAAAAUCUCAAUAUUAGGGACUAUUUGAUGGAAGCAAGCUCUUCUUUGGUACAAUGAUGCUUCAAAUUUUUGUGCUCGAAUUACUGGCAUAUUUAAACUUGGCAUAUUUCGGAACCAGCUGGUGGCGAAUUAUGUUAUCAGUUAUACUGUAUUCAAUAUCUCAAGGUCAAGCAAGCUGGCUGCAACACGACUUAGGACAUCUAUCGGUAUUUAGGAGUACUCGAAUAAAUCAUAUUUUCCAUGAAAUUAUCCUUGGUUUAACUAAGGGAGCUUCUUGCCAUUGGUGGAAUCACAUGCAUUCUCAACAUCAUGCUAAACCGAACGUGAUUGAUAAAGAUCCAGAUACCCGACUAGAACCAAUUUUUGUUGUUGGUGAUAACGUGCUUAGAAGAGCAGCUAGUCCUGAAAGUAAAUGGACGUGGCAUUUUCCUUAUGAACACCAGCAUAAAUAUUUUUUCCUAAUUGGUCCCCCUCUAUUAUUUCCUGUUUAUUUCCAAAUCAUGUCCUUCCGUCAUAUGUGGAUUCACAAAAGAAUAGAGGAUUUUCUGUAUGUCACGGGAUUUUGCGUAAAGUUACUCUCUCUUUAUUAUUCAUUGCUUGGAUUCUGGGGAACUUUGGGCUAUUUUUUUGUUGUAAGAGUCAUAGAAAGUCACUGGUUCACUUGGGUUAGUCAGUCAAACCAUUUGGCUAUGCCAGUAGAUUAUGAUCGAGCUGAACCAUGGUUUCGUUUACAGCUAAAUGGAACAUGCAAUGUUGAAAAUUCGCUAUUCAAUGACUGGUUUACAGGACAUUUGAAUUUCCAGAUAGAACAUCACCUAUUUCCAACUAUGCCAAGACAUAAUUAUCAUCUAGUAAGGCCUUAUGUAAAAGCUUUAUGUGAAAAGUAUAACCUUCCUUAUCGCGUUAAGCCAAUUGGAAUAGCUUUUAAAGAUGUUUUCAAAAUAUUGAAAUCAAGUGCAGAAUCAUGGAAAAAAGUAAAAUGUGAAAAAGAAAAAUGUAUGAAAAAACUUCUUGAUGAAUAAAUGAAUAUCUUUAUUAUCAUGUUAUUUACAUAUUUCAUAAUGUAUUGUUUCUAAUUAAAAUUGAGCUAAAAAAAAAUACAUGUUCAUAUAUGAACGUAUUGAUCAUAAUUCAUAACUAAUGAUUGUUCAUGUGCUUUUCUACAUAAAUAAACAUCGACAUAAUUUUCUUUUGGUAAUGAUAUUUGUUUAUUUAAAAAAUAAAGUAUUACUUGUUUGUUAAUUGAAAGUGUUCAUCUUAGUUACAGAAUAAAUGCUUAUUCGUACAGCGGUAACAUCGUAUGGAUUUUUUUAUUGCAGGAAAUAAAUUCCAAUAAGUUGCAUGAACUUAAUCUGUGAUUCUUUUACUUCUUAAUUCUCACUAUGUAUUUUUAUAAGUGUGGGAAACAUAGUGCUUAUUUAUUCAAUUUUCGUUUUAUUAGUUAUUGUGUGUUUAAGUCCUAAAAAAUGAAACGUGUAUCGUUUAUGUAUUUAAA